CUGUAACUAACUGUUUGCUGGAAAGGUUAUUUUGAUUUUAAAUUCGUCUGCUUUCCUAAACGAUAUGAAAAAAAUGUGUGCUACUUAAGAAAAAUUGUUUUAUAACACAGAAUACAGAUGUCGGACUUUCAUCAAAUUUCCGACGGAGAAAGGCACGAAGAAGCCAAAAGACAAUUUAAAGAAAGAACUGAAAGAAUAAAUCCUUGUUAUAAGGAACGAGAUGCUUCCUUAAAAUGCUUGGAUGAGUUCUACUAUGCUCGAGCAAAAUGCCAACCAUAUUUUGAUAAUUACAAAAAUUGCAGAGCAUUUUGGGGUUUUGUGGUGCGUGAAAGGAGGAAGGCGGGUAUUAAACCUCACAUCCCAGCCCCUGAAGAAAGGGAUCAGGUUAAGGCUGAGUACCUACCGCGCUUCAAACCUUGAAGAAACACAUUUCUGUACAAAAUAAGUGAUGUAAAUAAACUGAUCUUUUAUGUUUUAAGAUUGCACAUUUUUUCAAAUUUUUGUGAAAAAAUGUCACUAAUAAACUGUUAAAUUUCUGAA